CUCAUGCACAUUUUUAACGAAACUAUUGUCAACAACAGGCAUCAUUCGGUGAUGCCCAAAAGGAUCGUCUGCAGAAAAGUGAAGCAUACCGGUUUCUGCUAAAUCGUGUAAGAAAACAGAGCAACACGGAACAGGUGGCAGUUUUCCCGGCGAUAAGACACCGGUCCAGCGAGUCUCCCAUCUCGAGCAGCGGUGCAGGUUGGUGGCGUGAGGCAAGCUUACUCGGCACAAAAAAGUGGUGGCGGCCGCGAUGCAAACCACGAUGGACGGCGAGGGAUGCGAUGAGACGCUAACGACGUACGGGAUGAGUUCGUCUACCGCGAUCGGCUCAAGCCGGCUGAGCUUCGAAAACAGUGCCUCGUUUGAGCUAAGCCGUAAGAAACGCCGCAUAUCCGGCCCGGGAUGUGAUAGGACCACCGAUACGAUGUACGAAGCGAACGUUAGUGGCGAUUCGUUUUCGACAACUGCGACCGGCUACACCACCACCACGCAGGUGGCCCAAAGCCCGUGGGAGUCGCGUCGUAUAAAGGCCGAUCUGAUCGAGGCACGCUCAAGGAUAACGUUCCUGAAGAAGGAAAUUGAACACCUCAACACGGAAAUGGCAACGACGCAGCUGCGCAACCAGCACAAAAUAUCCUCGCUCGAGAAGGAGCUGGGCUUCAGCGGGCAGAAGGUGACCGAUCUCGAGAAGCACCUGCAGCUCGUCCGCAAGCGCGAACACGUGGCCAAGCAGGACCUGAACAAAGUGCGCACCCAGCUCCAGCAGCUCAAAACCGAAGCCGACGGGCGGCAGUUCGAGCUGCGGCAGGCGCUGCAGCGGCUGGAGCAGAAGUACGAUUCGGACACCGGCGAGCUGAACACGGAAAUACGCGACCUCACCACCCAGGUGAACGACCUCGAGCAGCAGCUGACGCUCGCGCAGGACGAGCUGGACACGACGCGCGAAAUCAACGACACGCUCCAGAGCAAGGCGGACGCGUACGAUCAGACGAAGCGCGAGCUGGAAGCGACGCAGGACCGGCUGGCGGAGGCGGAAUCGCGCGUGAAAACGCUCGAGUACGAGGUGGGCAGCUACGAGGACUGGAAAAGCCUGUCGAAGGUGUCGGCCGACCGGCUGGCGAAUACCACCGAGAUCGAGAAGGAGAACGUGCGGCUGAAGGACCAGCUAAAGAACCUGCAGAGCCUGAUCGGCGACAAGCUGCUGCUCGAGGAGCAGGUGGCCAGCUCGCAGGCGCGGCUGAAGGAUCUGGAGCAGAAGGAUGCGCUGUCGGCGGCGCUGGAGGUGCGCGUGAAGGAGCUCGAGCGGGAGCUGGUCGAGUGGCGCCAGCUCGGCAAGGACUACACGCCCAAGGAGAGCCUCGUUAGCGCGAAAACGAUGCGCAACCGCAUCGAGCAGAUCCUGCAGAAGGAUCUGGUGCUGGCGAACGAGCAGUCGUCGGUGCAGACGGAGAAGCACCAGAUACAGGGGCGCAUCGAGGAGCUGCAGUCGGAGAAUGCGCUGCUGAACGGGCGGCUCGCCGACUACAAGCGGGCCCAGGAAGGUUUGCAGAGCAUCGUGCAUCGGGCGCAGAAGAAGCUGAACCUGGUGACGGGCGAGCGGGACUAUCUGAAGCAGCUGCUGGAAAGCUACGAGAAUGAUCUUACGAUUAGCCAUUCCGUCGUGGGCAGUGAGGCGGACAAGAAGCAGCUAAGGGCACGGAUCGAAAUGCUGGAAAAGACGCUGACCGGGUACAAGGAUCUGUGCCAGAAGCAGGAGGCCGAUCUGCAAGCGAACAAAGUGUUGCCCGAUAUCAGCUUCGUACUAACGUCCGAGCAGUACGAGAAGCUACGCAAAGAGAUCGACGAGCUGCGGCUGGAGAAUGAGCGUCUGAAGCGGCGCAAGGACGAGCUGGAGGUGGAGGUAGAAAACCGAACGCUAAGGGCACAGAUAAACCGCCCGUGCCCGACCCAAACGACGAAGCUGGUGCGCUACAUCAACAGCCCGGCGACGGAAGAUAUCGUGGCGGAGCACAACACGAAGCUGAAGCUGAUGGCCGAAAUCGAGCGGCUGAAGCUGCACAUACAGCGGCUGCAGGAAACGAACCAAGAUCUGACCGAGUGUCUGCACAACACGGACGAGACGGGCAACAUGACGAUGAAGAUAAAGGAGUCGGUCGACCUGCGGAUGCAGCUGAAGGAGCUGCAGGCCAAGUACGACCAGCGGAAGGAGCUGUACCAGCAGUCGUCGGAAGACUUCCGCACCGUGGUGAAUCUGCUGUUCGGCUUCAAGAUUGACCGCAUCAGCGGUAGCUACUUUCAGCUGCGCAGCCAGUACGCGGAAAGCCCGGACGAGUACCUGAACUUUGCGCUCGCACCGGACGGCAGUGUGCUGACGCUGCUCGAAUCGGACUAUGCCGCGUCGCUGCGCGAUCUGGUCGAGACGCAGUUCAAAACGCACAACUCGGUGCCCGUCUUUCUCAGUUCGCUCACGCUCGAGCUGUUCAAUCGGACCACCAUGACGGUGCAGUACUGUAACGCCGAGUGAAUGUGGGGAGUGAGAGGCUGGUCCAGCCAAAGUGCUAUCAGAGAUCAUUCAUAAGACACCCAUCCGAAACGUCAAGCAAAACAGAAAAAAUAGUCAGCAGACCCCCGUUAACGAGCCCGUUUCCUGGCUCCAAACAAGGACACACAGUUCAGUGCACCCUUCUUCCACGCAUCUAUCUAGAAUGGUCUGGAAAGUCGCAUUGCUGCUGCUUGCCGUUUCACUUAAAUUUCUUAAACGUCAAAAUAAGGCGCCCCCGCCCCUCCCAAAAGUCAUAUUAAUUUUACUGGAUUAAAGUAGGCACUGUGUAGAAGGCUAUGCAAUACCGCAUAGAGAGAGAGAGAAAGCCGGGUAAGAAGCACCUCGUUACUGUCCAGUCAUUUAAUUAGGAGAAAAUGUGUAGUGAAGGUGGCUUUUGUUGAACUGUGUUGAAGCCGUUUCUUCUUAUUUUAAACUAGAAAGUGUGGAACAUUGGGUGGUGUGCAGUGCAGCAUUUUGUUUUGUUGUGUACAUUGCAAAUUGAAUCAAGCAAAAAUCAGCAAUGCUAGAAACUAGAAGGCAAGAAGGGUAUAACGAGGUUUCCCCACGAUGAUACCAAGAUUGUAAAGAUUUAAUAAUUAAAAAAGUAAGGUAAAUGGUAUAAACCAAUCCAAUAAAACAAAUCACAGGAAGGUGUAGGCAACUCGGCUACCAAAAUAAUAAUGCAAAACAGUAAAAA